GCGCCGACGCCCGCGCACUGACAGACGCUCGCAGGUGCCGCGCUCGGCCCGAGUCGCGGAGGGGCGGCCCCGCUGCCCUCCCGGCUCCGCACCGGCUAGAGGGAGAUAGCUUGGGAGGGAGGAGCGGCGCGGGAGCAGCGGCAGCGCCCUUUAACCUGUUUACAUCUGAUAUAUUUUGUGGGGGAGAGCUCUUCAACAUUAUCAAAGUGCAGUAGAUACCUGGUGGGAAUCAAAAAACCAAAGCACUGACCUGGCUAGACUCCCAGCUUCCCUUGUGAUGCACAGUUUUCUCAAGUUGAGGAAGUAGCAGGGCAUUUGGUUGGUACCUGACCCCAAAACCUGUGCUCUACCUUGCUAAGAGCUGAUGUGGGAGACGUUUACCUUCACAUACUCCACAGUUCUCUGCAUCAGAAGAAUAAGAGUUUGUGCGCAAGAGUGGUUCAAGAUGACGAUGUAACAUUGCUAACACUGAAGGUCUCCUGAGAAGAACUGGCUUUGUAAGAGGCUUCUCCUUCCCUUUUGUUUUUUUUAAACUACUUCUCUCAGAAACUACAAGCAAGAUGCCAGCCAAGACACCCAUCUACUUGAAAGCUGCUAACAAUAAGAAAGGGAAGAAAUUCAAAUUAAGGGAUAUCUUAUCUCCUGAUAUGAUCAGUCCUCCACUUGGAGAUUUUCGUCACACCAUACACAUUGGAAAAGAGGGACAGCAUGAUGUUUUCGGAGACAUCUCAUUUUUGCAGGGCAACUAUGAGCUGUUGCCUGGAAAUGAAGGUGAAACCAGAGUUAGCCAGUCUGGUAUCCACAAUGAAUUCUUAAGGGCAAACAGCACUUCUGAAUCCAUGUUUACAGAAACUCCAUCGCCAGUGCUCAAAAAUGCUAUUUCCCUUCCUGCCAUUGGGGGUUCUCAAGCCCUUACACUGCCUUUAUUGUCACCAGUGACAUUUAAUUCAAAGCAAGAAUCCAUCAGGUCAUCCAGAAAUCCUAGGCUUAGCUGUGAGCCAGUAAUAGAAGAAAAACUGCAGGAGAGAGGUAAAGAGAUGGAGGAUGAAGAAACAUACAAAGAUGACAUAUGGGGACAAAAUGGUUCUUCUUCACAUUUUACUAACGGUAGCGACAGUCACUCAUCCAGCUUUUCUGAACGAUGCACGGAUUGGCAAACAGUGGAUUUACUGGAUGACAGUCGGCUUUCAUGUGAACUAACCAAGACUAAGUCCGAAGAAUCCCUUUCAGAUCUUGCAGGCUCUCUUCUCUCAUUACAACUUGACUUGGGGCCCUCACUUUUGGAUGAGGUGCUCAAUGUAAUGGACAAGAAUAAAUCUUAGAACUGGUACUCCCUUGCUUCUUUAUAAGUGAUUCACUUGAAAACAAAUAAAAUACCACAGUUCAAAAGCAGAUGCUUAAAAAUCAGCUGUAUUUGCGGUUGUAUGAUGAAUUUUCUAAAAAUAUUCUUAAAAUACUAUUUUUUUACCUGUUGUUUUUCACGAUUUUUAUUACACUAAAUUCUCAUAUCAGGAAGGUAAAUUUUAAUAAUCAGUUUGAGCAAAUACAAAAUGUUUUUAAGUACCAGUAUUAAUGAUCAGAAACUUAAGAAACAGUGUUUGAGGAUGAUACUGAUUGUGACAUUUGCUUAGUUCACUUCUACAGGCUUCUGAAUAUGUGAGAAUCUCUUAAUGUCAGAAAGGAGAAUGAUACUAAUUAUUCACUUUUAUAAGUUAUUAUAAUAUCACUUUACAUGUAGGCCUCUUUCUAGAACCUUGUGUUUGAGGGUUUUAUAGUGUUUUUCUUCAUUUUCCAUAGUAUCAUUUCUGUUAUAAAUUCACCAUAACUACUUUCUUGGUCUUAUACUACAGCUCUGAAUUCAGUUGUGAACAGUUUGAAGGCUUUUUUGGCUUGAAUAACCUGGUCCAGAGUCUCAGCUGCUUUAAAUGAGUAUGCACAAAUUUACACAGGUUGAGGCUUGGGCCUGACAUUGUAUAUGAAAUGUUAUGUUGUAAACAGGUGACACAUGCAAGAUAUUAUAGUUAAAUUAUUUUAAAAGUUGAAAUAUAUUUUCUGUGUGCAUAUUGGCUUUAUACUGCAGAGCCUACACAUACAGUAUCUCAUCAAAAUACUUGCUUGGCAUUAUUGGUGCUCUUCUGAAAAUUGUAUAUUUGUGUGUUUGAAGAGAAAUAUGUAUUAAUAGUCCUUGCUUUUUUCUUCAUUUACUUCCACAACAUGCUUAAACUUGCAAGUGGUUAUUUUACUUUUUGAAGAAGGCACUGGUUAUUCACAAUGCUAGUGAUGUGUGCAGCAGCAGCCAAUGUUUGCAAAAUGUGGAUCCUUCAAUACAGUACCUACAUGGAUUGCAUAAAUACCUUGUGCAAUACAAUAAAAACCCCUUUAAAUUCCUAUGUCUCUGUGAUUCACUACACAGCCUCACCAAAACACAAAGUUUUGUUUUCUGCUGUAAGGAAACAGACUAGUUGCAGAAAUAUGAGACCAACGGGCAAAUCAAUUCUAACUUAAUUCAGCUGAUUUCUCCAGUUUAGUCCCUGAGGUUUUAAGGGCAAACUCCAAGCAGAUAGGACCCUCUGGAAUAUAUAUACUGAUUUAAAGUAGUGGGAGAUAAGAGAGUAAUACUUUGGGCCCAGUGAAGGUAGUGGCAGAGUUCCAGUAGCUUUCACUGAAAUCUUUAGUUAAAAUCCCAACACAGUUUGUAGACUGUUCUUCAUUAGAUAACUUUAUUUAUCUGUAUCUUCCUAUAA